UUGAGCUAAUCAGAGUGUCCCUGCUCUGUUGUGUAAAUCCACCCUUCCUGGGAAAUGAGAGCUUCCUGUUGCUUUAUAGAGCCCUCCUGCGGAAAGGUUGAGAUAUGUAAUCCCUACGCACCAGUGAGGACGCACAGAACACUGUCAGGCACAAUGACAGCCACCAGCCUCUCGCCCAUGUUCUCUGGCUGGUUUGUGGCUCUUCUCUUCUGGGCAAGAUGCACGACAGUGGAUGGCCUGGUAGAUGAACACUUAGCUGCACAACCUGCCACAACAGUAGGCUAUCACUCAGUAGAGAUGACUGCCAACAUACGGAGAAAGCAGAGCUCGGAGAUGCUUGUUUCUGCCAAGAUCCCCUCGUGUGUAUUAUCUUGAGAAUCCAAGAAAAACUCCUGGGGAGGUCUCUACCAGCGUGGGGGUCAGCAACAGCAGAUAAAAGGUCCAUAAUGGUUUGGGGUGAAAGGUUAACUGAAACCUCAUUAUGAGCGGCCCCCACCUGGCUCAACUUCCUGAAUUUGUUCGUCAUUCACCCCAUGCAACGUCGGUGAUCAACGCAUGAACUCAAGAGUUGUGAAACAACUGGAAGUUUGGAGCAGCGCCCCUUUCGCUGUUCCUCAUCCUGUGCCUUCCCUUUUUUUUUUCUCUCCUUUCCCCUGACUGUCCCCCCUCCUUCCCCUGCCAGCUCCCCCCAAACUCUGAGCUCCUCCUCUGCUGAAAAGACACAUUUCCUGAUGUCAUUACUAAAUCAAAAUGCAGCUCGGCAAACAGAUGUUGUGAGAGGCCCAGCAUGUGGAUCCAGUGAAAUAAGUGAACGAGCUGGUCAUGAGAAAACACGAGCCGUGCAUUUCAUGUUUCAUUCAAUCAAUGAAGCCAUCUCUCUCUCUCUCUCUCUCUCUCUUUCUCUCUCUCUCUCUCUCUCUCUCUAUCUCUCUCUCUCUGACUGCUCUUUUAAAGUAGUGAGUGGCGACAGUGAGAAACUACCUCGCAGAUGAAACACUCUGGUGAGCUGCUCGUGACAGAAAAGAACAAACACUUUGCCGCAGCUAUGGUGGAAAUAGCUACUUUUAAACAGCCCGUCAGCUGGGUCUCACAACUUGUUCCAGGUUUGGUCAAAUUAACCUAAAUAUGAAAUCCCGCCUGUCUGCACAGCACACCCUGCAGCGUCAUGAUUACAUCCACCCCAAAACGCUGAAGCCCUAAAUGUUUACUUAUGUUUCCUAUUUGGCAGAGGCAGCCCAAAAGGCAAAUAAAUCACAUGCUGUGAGCUGGCCAGGCCGUCGACUGUGAGAAACUGAGACUAAAAAGCAGAACAAGAGUUAAAGAGUAAGGGUUUUCAGAUGUGGGUCCAGCCCAGCUUGGGUGUGCUCCCUUUUAUUUGGGAGAAUGGAGAAGACAAUCUUUGUUGCCUCCACCCCUUUAAAAGGGAAGAAAGUCCUAGAGCAACGCGUGUUGGAGAGGGGAAGCACUGCUGCCAAGGCGCAGGGCCGUCAGACAGAUCUUCCAAGAACAUCUGGUAACCGCGGGUAACACUGUUUGGACAUCUGGUUACCGAAGGUUACACUGCGUCUCUUCCAUCCUGCCGGGUUUCCUGUUAUGCCUCGCCGUACACAGACUAAGACGUGUAGCUUUAUUAUACAUGGUCAUCAGCCGGGGGAAUCGCACCUUCAUUCGUUUUCUUCUGACAUGAAUGGAGCACUUGGUUUCAUUGGGGUAUUCCUCUCCGUUCUCUCCGACACAACCUACGGAGAGGCUACCGUGCCGUUUGCUUGUGGGAAUGAUACCCACCGUUGCCCAGAAAUAUGCAACUUCUGUAGUGACAUGUACGGUGCUCCAACAAUGGAUUGCCUGUCAACCCUGAUUGGCCAUUUAUGUCUCAACACUUUUGAGAGUUCAAUGGCGUCACUGAACAGCACCGACUGGUGCAUGUGGGGUAACGUGAGCGGAUUGUACAGUAACCUAAGCCAUUGCACAGAGGAGAUGUCUGACUGUCUCAUGAUCCCGUGGCCCAACCCGCUGGUGGAAGAGACCUUUGUGGACAUUCACUCCAGGUUCUUCCAGGAUUGUCCAGAAGAGGAGUUGAGCGACCCGCCGCCGGUCGUCGUCUUAGCCCUGGUGAUUACUCCCAUCUGUAUGAUCCCGGUCAUGGUCGUACUGGUGGUGUUCAAAACUAAGAAUAGCGAUGGCAGCUACUGAGGAGCUCAAUUCUUGGUUCACAGUCACCAGGAAAAUCACGAUUCUGGACCUAUGCUCAGUCUAUUCUGUCAACGUGAGGACUGCUUGUUUCCACGCAGGCUGCUGCCGUCCUUUAAUCUCACCGGUGAGCUUUCGGAGGUGUGACUGUUUCUGACAAGUUAACCUGCACUUCACUUCUUGGAGGAAUUCUGAAACAUCAGCAGCAGAGAAAACCGAUCAAUAGACACUUCUGAGCCAGAGUUCAAAAUGUCAUAUUCAAUGUGGCUGAUCAGAGUCAAACCCCCUGGUGUUAACAGACGCUAACUGUGACGAAAUAAUUUGUUAUUACUAAUUCAUGUACUGUAUCGAAUUAACAAUUUUUAGGAAGAGAGACUGUGACAAAAGAUUUGCUUUCAACCACCGACUGGAAAUUGGAACACUGAUGGUUUUGGUUACUUCCAAACUGGAUGCACAUGUUCGGAAAACGGCUCUAUUUGAAAUGGAGAACACAAUUUUCAGGUUUAUGAUGACAAAAGCUCUUGAGCUUGCAAAACUAUGUAUUUGUUGACAGUCCUCGAUAAGUCUGACACCAUUUGCCUUGGUUAAAGACAAGAUUCUGAAAUGAUGACUUAUUGCUGAACUCGUGAACUCUUCAAACUGAGCCACUAAUUAGACGACUUACUAUUCAAACCAAGGCUGAUCUGGGUACAGGUAUGCGUUCGUUGUUUGAUAUAUGCAAAUGGUCAGCCACGUGUACACAGGGAGAACUACCAAGGGAGUAUAGUGUGAUGUAUGGAUGUGGUUAUGUGAGUCAGAGCAUAUGGUUUGGGGGUCAAAGGUUACAGAUGGGACACAAUGAAGGGGUACGCCCAGAGAGGGAGAUCUUUUUACUGGAAUUGUCUAUUUUUGGAAUAGUAUUGAAUCCUUAAGCACUUUCACUGUGACAAUCCUCACGAUCUUAUGUUGAUGAGCUGAACGAAGUGUAUCUAACGUCUCAAUCCAGUUCAGACAAAGGGACAUAUUGAGUUUGUCUGUGCAGCCUAGUGACAAACACUGAGUGAUGACAAGAAGAUAAUCGUGCUAUCUUCUGCUUGAAUCUUGAUACCCGUGGGUAUGUGUUGUUAUGACGACAAAGCCAUUGUAAGCGCUUUCAGAUUUGGAACCAAAUGUGUAUUUAUAUACUGUGUUAUUUUUCUGCUAUUGUCAGGACUUACCGUGCUGUCUGUGAGAACACACCCUGCCUGCUCUCACGCAAUGUACUGUAUGUACUUUUUUAUAUUUUGUACAAUUAAAUCUACAGUUGGAAUGUUGGCUCUA